AUGUACAUUGGUUUGAAGCAGAUCAAUUGCAUAAAGAGUUUCAAGAUGUGGAGCAGCAGAAAGUUGAGCUUCCUCCUCGGCCUGAUCCGGUUCCUGCUCCUUCUCCAAGCUCCCACAGUGGCCUUGGCAGCGAACCCUUUCAGAGCAGAUUGCGACGGCGACGCCUACAACUCGAGUAGCAGCUUUGGCAGAAGCCUAAGCGGCCUCUUGUCCUCCCUCACUUUCCUUUCCUCCAACUCUAACUCCACCAACGCCACCGCCGGAGCCAGUAGAGACUCCGUCUACGGCUUAUACAUGUGCCAAGGCGACCUCUCCGGCUCCAACUGCCAGAGCUGCAUCCAGAUGGCCGUCGCCGGCACCAACCAAAGCUGCCCGGGAGUUCGUCGAGCGAUCGUCUACUACGACCAGUGCCACCUCAGCUACUCUGACGCAAACUUCUUCGGCGUCGUCGACGCUGACGGAUUCAACAUGACCAACCCCUUGGAAGUAACCAGUUCGCGGAUGGCGUUCAACAUAUUGUCCGAUUUGGUGCAGGCGGUGCCCCAGCGACGGCCGCUCAUGUUUGCCACCAACGUGUCGGAUAUGUAUCCCCUGUUCGCCCUGGCUCAGUGCACGGCCGACCUGAGCCCCGACGGCUGCCGGAGGUGCUUGACGGCGAGUCUGGCGGCCAUCGAGAACUGUUGCAUCCAGAGGAAAGGGUGGCGGUAUCUCUCCCCGAGUUGCUGGAUAAGGUACGAGCCCACUCCGUUCUUCGGCAAUUACCCCAACAACUUGAGCACGUACAUCAUCCGGAGCCAGUGCUCGAGCUUGGACGUGCAAUCCGACGACCUCAGCGCGAGGACGGCCAAUUUAAGAGGCCUCUUCGACGACCUGAGUGCUCAAGCUCCGGCGACGGGCUUCUACAGCUCUUCCGCAGGAGACGGCGGCGAUAGGAUGUACGACCUCGGGCUCUGCGCUAGGGACGAUGCGACUCGCGGCGAGUGCGCGGCGUGCCUCGCCACAGCGGGGCGAGCCAUAGCGAACGAGUGCCCCAACAAGACGGAGGGGUACAUGUGGUACGGACUGUGCUUCUUGAAGUACUCGCAGCAGCGCUACUUCGGCGAGCUAGACACCGACGUGCACACCUUCUGCAGCGGCGCGGCGCCGGUGACCGCGGAGUUCAGUUGUGCUACAGAGGCGGGAGCGUGGAGCAUCGCGCAGGAGGCGAGGUGGCGGCGUUCGACGAGGUGGAGGCGUUUGGCGAGGUGGCGACGUUCAGCGUCGAGCGGCAUUGGCGUCGUUCGAGAAUAG